UUCAGCCAGCUGGUAGCAUCCAAACUCCGGACCCACCGGUGACUCUCAGCUGCUGUAAGUUUUGACCCAGGAAAAAUAUUUUUAAGGUGCAUUAACUCUUCCUUCUUUAACAGAAGAAUUGAGUCGCCAUGCUGCCGGCUCAGGAGGCCGCCAAAAUCUACCACACCAACUACGUGCGUAACGCGCGGGCCGUGGGCGUGCUGUGGACGGUGUUCACCAUCACCUUCUCCGUCAUCACCGUGGUGGUGUUCAUCCAGCCCUACUGGAUCGGGGACAGCGUCAACACGCCGCAGGCGGGGUACUUCGGCCUCUUCCACUACUGCAUCGGGAACGCGCUCACCUCGGAGCUCACCUGCAAAGGGAGCGCGCUGGACUUCGGCUCCAUCCCCUCGGGCGCGUUUAAGACGGCGAUGUUCUUCGUGGGCAUCUCCAUGCUGCUGGUGGUGGGCAGCAUCGUGUGCUUCAGCCUCUUCUUCUUCUGCAACGCGGGCAGCGUCUACAAGAUCUGCGCCUGGAUGCAGUUGGCCUCCAGCACCUGCAUGGUGAUUGGCUGUAUGAUCUAUCCCGACGGCUGGGACUCAGACGAGGUGAAACGCAUGUGUGGCCAGCGGACCGACAAAUACACCCUGGGCAACUGCACGGUGCGCUGGGCCUACAUCCUGGCCAUCAUCAGCAUCAUGGACUCGCUGAUCCUCUCCUUCCUGGCCUUCAGCCUGGGCAGCCGGCAGGACAACCUGCUCCCAGAGGACUUCCAGGUGGAGAGCAAAGAUAACGCCUAGGCCUGACGUGGACAACGGAGACAAGAGAUGGACGAGGCUUUAAUGACGAGCAAAAAGCGACUCAAGGGAUUCAUGGGCUACGGGAAAGUUAAUUACAACCUAAAAAUAGGUUUGUCUAAUUUGUCUUGCCCUUGGAAUUGUGACAGCUGAUCUACACUUUGAAAAUGAUGGGAGGAGUCAGACCUCAGCGUGUUGGAUUGGAUGAUUGCAACAGCUUUUCCCCAAUAAAAGGAAACUUGGUCCUUGCUUGACGGGAGCAGAUCUCUGUUACUGAGGCAAGGAUUAUCAAAGGAUUGGCAGGCAUGUUCUACGGGUCACCAUUAAAACUAAAGUUCAGCAGUUGUGUUCAGGGAGCAUUUUGUUACGACUUUACUUUGGCUUCCUAAUAAAAUAAGCUCCAAAAAGGAUCUCAAAAUAAACUGGGACCAUGGAU